UGCACAAACAACAAGUCGACUAAAGCAACCCUGUCACUCGUUUUAAGUUUUGAACAAGUCGUACUAUUCUGUCAGAACCUGCAAAAUAACACAAAACCCACCAUGGUCCGCAUCAUUCACGCGGGCGUCUUUUUCCUCGCCGGCCUAGUCGCCGCGGGCGUCUCCACCGAUGGUGUCUGUGGUCAAAACGGCAACACAUGCCAGGGCAGCGUUUUUGGCAACUGCUGUUCUCAAUAUGGGUAUUGUGGCAGCACUGAUGCCUUUUGCGGUACGGGCUGCAAAUCUUCAUGGGGAACCUGCUCCGGUGGCAACGCUGGUGGCAACGCUGGUGGCAACGCCGGUGGACAACCCGUCACCAAGGUCAGCACCGACGGCACGUGCGGUGGAACCAGUGGUCUAACGUGCGCCGGCUCCUCUUUUGGCACAUGCUGCUCUCAGUACGGCUAUUGCGGCUCCCUGAGCGGCUAUUGUGGAACAGGGUGCCAGGCCGGGUUCGGUUCUUGCGACAGCUCUUCCCCAUCUUCCAGCGCUGUGAACCCUCCGGCCUCAUCCAGCGCUACCCCAUCUGCCAGCUCUUCUCCGGCUUCCGGUAAGAUCAGUAAAGACGGGACCUGCGGAGGUGCCGGUGGCAUGACGUGUGCGGGAUCAGCAUUCGGUAACUGCUGCAGCAGCAGUGGUUGGUGUGGUAGCACUGCCGACUACUGUGGGACUGGGUGUAAUUCGGCUUUUGGAACUUGCACCAACACCCCGGCCUCUUCGUCUCUGCCGUCGACCGCGACUACCUCCGCAACGCCGUCAUCAACCGCCAAAAUUUCCCCCGAUGGAUCCUGUGGCGGCGCCAAUGGCUAUACAUGCCCUGGAACUCAGUGCUGCGGCAAGAGAGGUUGGUGCGGUAGCCCAAGCUUCGCCUACUGCGGCAUGGGAUGCCAGCCGGCUUUCGGCACAUGCGCCCCCUGCCCGGUCGGCGGCUGCACCAGCGUGACGCAGGGGGGCUCGCCGACUUGCCCUGGCGACGGUGGCAACUGCUUUGUCCAGAAUGGCAAGAGGUUCAAGGUCGACUGCAACGGCGCAACCAUGGCAGGCAACGCCAUACCCCUGGGCAACGGCACCUUUGCCAGCUCGGACGCCAAGACGUUGGCCGGGUGCCUGACCGCGUGCGCCAACACCCCGGGCUGCGUUACCGCGAGUCUGUACACCAGCAUGGGCCAGUACAAUUGCGCCCUGUACAGCAACAUUCCCGCCUACAGCGACAGCUCCUUCGCCACGGGUUGGUUCGCCAACCUUGUACCCGAGACCUGUGACUAA